CAACCUCACUGAAAAAGCGUUGAACCCGCUACUGUGGCUGAUGCUGCGUUCAUUCUGAGCUGAACCGUCCGGAACACAGUAGCCUUAAAAACUUUACCUGUUACCGCUGUGGGACCAAAGGGCAGCUACUUGGUGGGAUCAGAUUAUUGAUGGAAAAUAUGUUAAACUCUGGCUGUUUUGGAGCUGCUGCGCUGCUGAUCACAGCCUGUUUGCUGGGGACUUCUCUCAGCGUUCAGCAAUCUAGGGACAACUUCCACAGACCAACCAGGUCCUUUGAUCCUGUUGUGGUUCCACGCCAUAGUUCCCCAGUUUAUCUGAGCAAAGACCAGCUCAAACAGCUGCAGUUCAAACCCACCAUCCACUCUAUCCAGCUGUCAGUGGACCAAGAGGCUAAAUUCAACUGUUCAAUUGACAUCCCCGAUACAAGACUGGACCCCUACAUUGUGUGGAAGAAGAACGGGGAGGACCUGUCCCAUGACCAUCACCUGGGGAUCAAUGAACUCAAGAGCACCGCAGAUGGAGUCACGUCUGUCCUCUCCACUGUCAUCAUUAAAAAGGUGCAGAGAGGUGAUGCUGGAGAAUAUUACUGCACGCUGAGUGUCAACAAUGUGAUUAAAAGGUCUCAGUCAGUCUUUUUGGAGGUAGAAGGUCUGCCAUCAUUUACACAUCAACCAGAGAACUUGAAUGUGACAAGCGGCACACCUUUCACCCUGACCUGCAGCGCAGUGGGGCCUCCAGAACCAGUUUAUAUUCGUUGGCUCCAAGAUGGACUACAUGUCACUGAGAAAAUGGUGUCUCCCAACAACUGGACUGUGGAAGGUGUUUACAAGCAAACUCGGUUCGGCUGCGAAGCUCACAAUGCGAGGGGUGUCACUACGUCCUUGGCAGCUGAGAUUAACGUCAAAGUUCUUCCCAGUCCUGUGACUCAUCUUAAGGUGAUGGAGAAACGGCCAAAUAAGCUUUUACUGAGCUGGAUCCCUGGACACGAUGGCUUCUCUCCCCUCACCAACUGUAACAUCAGGGUUAGGGAGGUGAGUCAGAGGAAAGGGGAGGUGACUACAACCAGGUUCGUCAACGUCACAGUACCGCCUUUCCAUUGUGAAGUCCCCGGGCUCAGAGCUAUGACGAGGUACAACAUGAGUGUUUCCUGUAGCAAUGAGUUGGGGGCCUCUCCAGUCUCCAUGUGGAUCCAGGACAACACCACAGAAGGAGUGCCAUCGAGUUACCCCAGCAAUAUCACUGUGCAGCUGAAUGGCACAAGCCUGGUGAUUAAGUGGAAACCUCCACCAGAGGACAAAAUAAACGGCAUCCUGCAGGGUUAUGAUGUCAUUGUAAAACACAGAGCAGGUCAAGAUGAGAUCAAGGUGCACACUGAGAACACAGUGGCUGUUGUCGAUAUAAAAACAUUCAACGUGACCUACAGUGUGGAGGUGGCUGCAUGUACGCAGGCAGGGAGCGGCAUGGUCAGCCAGCCAUUGUUGCUCUAUGUGCCGCCAAAAGACAAUGUGAUUCCUACAUCCAUCCCAGACACCGGGGUCCCAUACGCUGUCUCAGUCAUACUAGGCCUGUUUUGUGCCAUCGCUCUGCUGCUGCUUGUCAUCUGGGGGGUCCUGUGUGUACGGCACAAGACAUCUGUAUCCUGUUUUGGGUGGAAGCUGGGCAGUGCAGAACAGUCAGAGCCUGUGAUACAAUACACUAACCAGAGAUCAUACAGCCGCUCGGCUGUAGCCAUCACACUUGGGAACCUUGGUGUAAGUGAAGAACUCCAGGCCAAACUGCAGGACGUUAUGAUCGCAAGAAAUUUUCUUUCAAUUGGAAAAAUUCUUGGAGAAGGUGAAUUUGGCUCAGUUGUUGAGGGACGAUUAAAACACACAGACGGUACCUCAGAAAAAGUUGCAGUGAAGACAAUGAAAUUGGAAAGCUUCUCUCAAAGGGAAAUUGAAGAGUUUUUAAAUGAGGCGGCCUGCAUGAAAGAUUUCCACCAUCCUAAUGUCAUCAAUCUGCUGGGUGUGUGCUUAGAAAAUGGAUGCGGACAUUUUCCCAAACCUAUGGUCAUCCUCCCGUUUAUGAAACACGGAGAUCUUCAUAGCUUCCUGCUGCGCUCACGCCACGGAGAGAGCCCCAUGUUCCUACCCACUCAGAAUCUCCUGAGGUUCAUGGUUGACAUUGCUUUGGGUAUGGAGUAUCUCAGCAGUCGCAAUUUUCUGCAUCGCGAUCUGGCGGCACGUAACUGCAUGCUGCGAGAUGAUCUGACCGUCUGUGUCGCUGAUUUUGGGUUAUCAAAAAAGAUCUACAGCGGAGAUUAUUACAGGCAGGGAAGGAUAUCUAAAAUGCCCGUAAAGUGGAUUGCACUGGAAAGUCUCGCAGACAGAGUGUUCACUGUGAAGAGUGAUGUUUGGGCUUUUGGUGUAACCAUGUGGGAAAUUGCUACACGAGGCAUGACGCCAUACCCAGGGGUCCAGAACCAUGAGAUUUAUGAUUAUCUUGUGGAGGGCCACAGACUGAAGCAGCCACCCAACUGUUUGGAUGAACUGUAUGAGAUCAUGUACAGCUGCUGGAGAGCUGAUCCGGUAGACAGACCCUUGUUUCCACAACUGCGGGAAAUGUUGGAAAAGCUGGCAGAAAAGCUUCCAGAGUCUUCCAGUAGAGAGGAUAUUAUUUAUAUUAACACCAGCUUUCCUGAAGAGGACCCUGGGGAAGAAGUGGCUGCUGCAUGCUUUGCGUUAAGCUCCACCCCAUCCUGCAGCCGUCGGGUAGCGGAGAACGCUGUUGUUACUGCAGAUAUUCAUGGAUACAAGCAGCAGAGGGAGGAGGAGGUGGAGGAGGAGGAUAAUGAGGACAGUGAACGUUACGUAGUGGUGGUCUCUUCUAAUAAUACCUUAAGAUCCCCCUCAGUGGAGACUCCGCUUUUAUCAAGGGACACUUUGAGUCGAACAAAUGAAGAUCAAACGUUGGAUGCGGCGGCAGUGGAACACAGCUCAGAUGACGAUUCAUUCCUGUUAAAAUGAUUCCUAUAACAGCAAUGGACCUCUCACCAAAGUUCACCAGCAUUAACAACUUGCCCACAACCAUGCCCUGGAUCUUGUUAUUAUGAGCAGUAUUAGCUUCAGUAUGGCCAGCUUGUGUUUUAGUGUCUGGAAUAUUUAAUUUACCUCAACUCCAAACAUGUUUAAGGAUAUAUUUUGAUAAGCUUCUCUGAACUGUGAAACUGUUGUCGGAUUUGAAUAAAUGGGAUUCAGUGUAAAUAUGGAGAUGUACAGAGUGUUUAUAAAGAAAUCUUUUGUUGUAAAAAUAAAUUUUGUGCCAUAAAGA